GGGGGGGGGGGGGUCUCUCUCUCAUAGCUAGACUGCAGCUCUACGCAAGCAUUCAUGACUCUCGAUCUUCGUGGAGAUUGCCAUCUAGCUUCCAUUUCUCACUGGACGGUUGUCCCUGCCCAUAUCACUCGCUCAACAAAAGCACAGCCUCGGUUCGUCCGAGCGAGCGCUGAUCGUAUCCGAAAUACCUCCAUCGCGUCGGCGCUGGACUGCGAAUCGCUCGCGCAGACUUGUAGGGGCGACUUCUAGCUGAGCUACACUACGCGAGGAAAAUCUCUCUCUCUCUCUCUCUCUCUCUCUCUCGUCCGCGAUGAAUCAGGCGAACUCCGCAGGUUGCCUAUGGGAGUCUGCUGCUGCUGCUGCUGCUGCUGGACUGCACCUGCACCUCCCGCCACUCUGACUCGCAGCUGGGAGCGCAAGCGAACAUCUGGUCUGGCCGCUCGGAAGUCCAAGAAUGAGGAUCGCAGAUCGCCAGACGAUUUCGAGAAAACAACCCGAGGCCGCCACUCGUGCCAUUCUCUUCCUCCUCCUCCUCCUCGCGGUUGCGCCUGUGGAGAGCUCGACUGACUCGAGAGACAAGGAGGCUUUAUUGUACUUCAAAGGAAAUUUGAGUGACCCAGAACAGAAGCUGACAAGUUGGUCCGACCUUUCUGACCCUUGCGACGAUAAAUGGCUAGGAGUGUUUUGCUCCAGCGGACUCUCGAACCGUGUCGUCGAGCAGCUGUCUUUACCGAAUCUUCAGCUCGCAGCCGAUUCCGUGCCGUCUUCAUUACAAAAUCUCCAGAAACUGAAAUCCCUGGACCUUGGAGGGAACUACUUUACUGGUUCUAUUCCAGUUUGGCUUACCAAGUUGGAAAAGUUAACAUCUCUAUCUUUGGUCAAUAACCAACUGUCAGGCGAAAUUCCUCCCGAGCUAUCAGAGCUUUCGAAAACUCUCGAGACACUUAAAAUAACAAACAAUUCAUUGACUGGCAACAUUCCAGCAGAGAUCGGAAAUCUGACCCAAUUGAAUUUCUUCGCAUGCGAAUCCAACAAGCUCACUGGGCCUAUUCCACCGUCUUUCUCGCAGUUGAGGGCUAUCGAGCACCUACACAUGGAUCACAAUCUGUUCACAGAGUCUUUGCCCGACGGACUUGGGAGUUUACCCAAUUUGACACACAUCGUUCUAAACGACAACCUGCUUACGGGCACCCUGCCAAACGACCUGGGAAGCUCAACAAGCCUGAAGCACCUGAAGUUGGAUGGCAACAAAAUCUCAGGAGAGAUUCCAGUUAGUUACGGUUCACUUGGGAGCAUAACUGAUCUACGGCUCCGGAGCAACAGACUUAGUGGUUCGAUUCCGAAUUCAUUUAACAACCUGAGGACUCUGGAAGUGUUGGAUCUCAGUGGAAAUCCCUUAGAGAGCACUAUACCUAGUUUCGACAACAUGGUCUCCAUUGUCAGCUUGAGUUUGGCGGGAUGCAAUUUAACAGGACCAAUACCCGACUCAUUUUCGGACCUUUCCACUCUGGAGAUUAUUGACCUGAGUCAAAACAAUCUGGUUGGAACCAUCCCUUCAGGUCUUGGUCUCGCCGGGAAUCUUUUAUCAUUACAAAUCCAGAGGAACAGUAUCACCGGUUCCAUUCCACAAUCUUUACAAAAGCCGAGUAUUCAGUUUCUCGCAUACGGAAAUCCACUUUGCGCAGAGAGUGAAAAUCAGGCAAUCAACGCCUGUGUUACACCAGAUCUGACCCAAGAGGAAGUUCCACGGACAUGUAUCUGCCCUCAAGGAAUGGCGUUUCGCCCAUUUCUGCGAGAAGGUUAUCCAGCUUCCGGAUGCGACUGUGUAGCACCCUUGAUUUUCAAACUGGACUUUCCCCAAGUGCAGCUGAACCGUUUCUCGAUUGACCAACAAAAUCGGUUGGAAGAAAACGUAGCUCGAGAACUCUUUUUGGAGAUCAAACAGGUCUUAAUAGAUCAGCCAAUUUCAACUACCGGUACAGGAACUGAAGUUACCUUUUCAGUCUUUCCGCUUGUGAGUCAAUCUCUAGACUAUGGAACUGUCGUGCGCAUACAAUCCAAGUUGAAUGCUCCCUAUCCCGACCAGAUGUGGCUGGAUGGCGAAUUCGGGUGGUUCAACUACUCGGUGCCACUCUUCGUUCCUCCUGUGGUUUCAGACAUUUAUCCUCCAUUCCCUUCUGAAUCAAGCAAAGGAAGCAGCUACAAGGAGAAAGUUAUAAAAGCAGUGUGGAUCUCAGCCCUGGUCGGUGGGCUUCUACUUGCAAUAAUCACAGCUGUUGUGUGCAUCUUCGUCUGUCGAAGGCGGCGAAAACGCAAGAACAGGUUCCACCAUUCGGAGUUCAGCGUACCAUACAUUCAGGGUAUUGUUAACAAAAAGGCCACCGGUUCUUCUCCAGGAUCGGCCGUCACAUCUCCUGUCAUGUUGCCUCGAUCAAGCACCUCACUCCAGUCUUUCGGACCUCCCGUCAAGAUAUAUACAUACGAGGAGCUAGCGGUGGCGACUGGAGAUUUCGGACCCGAUGGCCUCAUCGGCAGUGGAGGAUUUGGAUCGGUUUACAGAGGUCAAUUAUCUGACGGUACUCUGGUAGCGGUGAAAAAACUAACGAAGAAAAACUCGAAACAAGGUGAGGCGGAGUUCCGCACCGAGGUUGAGAUGAUCGCGCAUCAACUUCACAGUCCCCAUCUGGUUCGCCUGCGAGGGUACUGCUCUCAAGGGCACGAACGGCUUCUGGUCUAUGACCUGAUGGGCCGAGGGAGCCUUUUCGACUACCUGAGAGACAGUACUCGUCCACCGCCAGUCGCACUUCUGGACUGGAAAACUCGGAUCCAGAUAGCCAGGGAUGCCGCUGCAGGAAUAAGGUUUCUUCAUGAAUGUAGCCCUCCUGUCGUGCAUCGAGACAUCAAACCGAGCAACAUUCUCCUGGACGAGCAACUCAACGCGAAGGUGGCGGACUUCGGCCUGUCGAAGUCAUACCCUCUACCCCAAAGUGACCAUGUGACCACUCGUGUCGUGGGAACAUUUGGAUACUUGGCCCCAGAUUACAGCAUCACGGGCAAGUUGACCGUCAAAAGCGACGUUUACAGUUUUGGCGUUGUAUUGCUGGAGAUUAUUUCCGGAAAGCACUCGACCGUCGCAGAUGACACGGAUGACGACAAAAUCGAGCAGUUUCUCGUUCCUUGGGCUAAACCAUUGCUCAAUGACAAACAGAGAGUGCACGAAGUUCUGGACCCAGCAUUGAUAGGAGCAUAUCCGCCAAAAGGACUGAUAAAAAUUGCAGCGCUUGUAUCCUCUUGCUUGCAACUCGAUCCAGACAGACGGCCCGACAUGGCGGUCGUACACAAUGUUCUGAGCACCGUUUAUGAAAUGCCAGUUCUCACCCCCAAAGCUCGAGAGCAGAGAGAAGCUUUGGUUGCGUCGACGUAUGUCUUCAGGUCUCGAUCAAGUUCGAGCAUGCAGUCGAGUUCCAUACUCACAGAGAGUUCCGGUGGUCCUGGGCUGCCAGGUCCAGGGCCCAUCACGCCGCCGCCUGUAAGUUUCAGUAGCAACAGCAGUCUGAAGCUCUCGAGCACGUCCGGAUUGUCGAUUUCGAGUAUGGUCGUCAGCAGGGGGUCACAAUCGAAAUCGGAUGUUUACUCCGAUAUCAUCUACAGCGAAGACCCGAGCUUGUACAACAGGUCUUCUGGACAUUUAUCAGGCAGAGUAUCCACCAGGACAUCGGAGAACUUCACUGAGAGAUCCUUCCGGAAAUCUGAAAACUUUGCCGAGAGGCCAGUCAUAUCGUCUGAGAGAUUCACUGAGCGACUCUCUUGGAAACCUGAGAAUUUGGCCGAGCUACCUCGUCGAGCAUCCGACACUUUCGGGGAGAGGCCUCCUCGGACAUCUGACUAUUUUGGCGAUGGACUGUCGAGAAAAUCUGAGAGUUUUGCCGAGAGGCCCCCUCGAUCGUCAGACAGCUUUGGUGACAGGCAGCUAAGCCUCGGUCUGGAUGCCAGACAUCAAAGAUCGACAUCGAAAUUGUCGUUCUCCUCGAGUGGUCGUCACGAAGAAAGCCCGGCCAGAAGUGAUGCACCGAAGACACUAGUCCUCGACAACCUGAAUCCGAGAUAACCGCGCCAUAUCUGCAACACGAUAUUUCAUACCAUAUCCUACGUCACGGUAUCAACUAUUGUUUGCAGAUCCAACUUCAACUCCCAAGAGAUGCAACGAGUCGUGAUGAUGAACGAUGGCCGACUUUGCUUAACCUGUUGGACGUGAGCCCAGAUCUAGGGACAGAGAUCAUGCGAUCUGGAACCCAAGGCCAUGGUUCUCUCAUGUUUAAUGCGGGGAAUGCAAGGUGAAACUGCCAAGUUUCAUCUGGCGUAUACCUCAACAGAAUAAGCCUUCAUCUCAUCUGACGCAAGGCCUUACAGCUCGUCUGAGGGAUGGUCACGACAAGAGAAAGAGUUGCACCCUGCAUGCAUGGGCGGGCGCAAUGUAGAGUCUGUUGUUCUGGUUGUGAUGUGCACAUAUCGCAGUGUUCACAGGCGAGCACAAGCGAGGCCAUAGCAUCGUUGUGGCGCGAAGUUGGUCGCAGCGAAUGCUAUCUACCGCCAUAACAGGUUACAGCAAGCAACCUCACAAUUAUGUGCCCGAAGCGUCAGGAGCUUCUGCGCUGUCCACAUGUCCCUAUCGAAGACCUUUUGGGUGACAGUCAGAAUCAGCUCUCUAGCAGCAAGAGUUGGGUCGGUCGAUUUCGUUGACAAGGACAUAGUUGCCAAUGCUCGCAAGCCUAUACUAAUUUUUGACCCGGUCUGGUCUGGCGUUAGUAAAACUUGACAGCCAUAGACGUGGGGAUCUUCUCCGCCGUGUGUACAUUUAUCAUUGUUACUAUAUUCAUAUCAAUGUCUCCCAGAUCCUCUGAAGAUUGCUUUGCGCACUAGAUCGCCGACGUGACUGUGGGCUUACCAAAUUAAGUCCGACCGUAGAACUAUUUCUACUGCACUGAGAAUAAAGAAGUCUCUGCGUUUACUCCGAUGCAUGCACUACGUUCGUUUGGUUCACUACAUUUCCCGGUCUGCUGUGAAAUUUUGGGAUGAGUGAUCUUCUUUCUCUACAUGAAACAUGUCGAUUUGUUGAUUACCCAGCCCGCGUUUGUGAAGUCUAUCUUCGGAAUCUGUAGUUUGAUAUGAAACAGAGAUGAACGAAUUCUAUCGUCGACGACAGUUGAACGGAAAUCUGACCUUCUUAUUCUUGUGGUCUCUUCCUUUCCACGUACUUUUCCGUCUCACUAGUUUUCUAUACGCCUGAUAUGUUGGAGGUAUGGAGGUCAAUUGGGUGCAAAGGCACGGACCCAUGCAACCGUGACACUGAUCGUCUUGUUUCAGAAAUACCCUCUAAGGAAAUGUGGCAAUCAUCCAUCCAGUCCAAACGUCUCCCUCUCCAUCUUUGCAGUUUUACGAGCACAUCUUGCACAUCGUGCAUGUGGCUUUUGUAUCCUGGAC